AUGCGUUAUGGCACGCAAGAUAAUGGUGAACCUAUUUUUAAUGAUAUUCGCAUUGACCUUCAAGGCAACAAUUUGAAUACUAAUCAACAUACGACUGAAAAUGAUCAACGAUCAAACAGCUCAAUACCGAGUCGAAUAUCCAGAUUUUCAGAAUAUCCUCAAGUUCGACCAACAAAUCCAUUAUAUUCAAGUCAAUCAAUAUUUAACACUCAGGGCUUGAAUCCGCUAGCGUCAGUUGCAAAAAGUUCAGCAACAUUAGUAAAUCGUCGUCAAAAAUUUGAUCCUCAAGCACCACGUCGUCCACCCGAUUGGCGAUGGCUAGCUAUUCUAUGUAUAAUGUUGUUCUUUCCAACUGGUCUAUUGGCUUUUGCAUUUGCUCAUAAAGCCCAAAUAAAAUUCCGUAAUGGCUUCAUAAUCGAUUCAAAUAAACUUAAUAACCGUGCAUUAAUUCUUUGUAUUAUAUCAAUAUUAUGUGGUAUUACAUUGAUCAUUGGUCUUCUGUUUGGCUUCGAUGCUUGGCCAAGAACCAACGGAUAA